AACAAUCUUUCUUCCCAUUUCCGACGUUUUCCGUGACCCUAGGCAGUUGUCAUGCCGCCAUUACGCCGGAAAGUUUGAGAUCAUGAGAAAGAUUGCCACUGAUCAGAACAGAUAUAGGCAUUCAUAGGAUCCAGCCGCCGACGAUCAAUCAAUCAAUCAAUCUCCGACUGAACAAGAUCCUUAAACCCAGAACCUCAAUCAAAUAACCCAGAUCAGGGACGACGGAGGGAAUCAUAUCAUAGCAAAAUAUGGCCCUUCCUGUCGUAAAACUCGGCACCCUCUUCUUAAAGACUCUUAGCAAACCCAUUGCAGCUCGUCUCAAGAAAGAAGCUGGUUUGCAUCCCAGGUUCCGUCAAUAUAUCAUCCGUAUCGCCCAGACAAAUCAUAGACUCACUACACAAAUGCAAAGACGUAUAUAUGGUCAUGCUACUGACGUUGAGAUUCGCCCUCUAGAUGAAGAAAAAGCUGUUCAAGCUGCUGUCGACCUUCUUGGUGAAGUCUUCAUUUUCUCGGUUGCAGGUGUUGCUCUUAUCUUCGAAGUGCAAAGAAGUUCUAGAUCAGAAGCUAGAAAGGAGGAGUUAAGAAGGCAAGAAAUUGAUGGAUUGAGGCAAAGAGAUGAAGAUCUGAAAGCAGAAAUGGAACAACUUAAACAGAAACUGGAAGAGCUUGAACAACUUGCGAAAGGAAAAGGUCUUGCGGGUCUUUUCAGUUUAAAUCGACAUUCAAGUUCACACACCGAAGAUGAUAGCAAGUCAGUUAGUAAAAAGCAAUCUUGAUCAUUUUUCCAAGUGAUUUUGGUCCAUACAAUAACAUUUGCUUCGAAUUCAAUUCUAAUGAGAUGAUAUUUCAGAUUUGAUGCACCAUCUGAAAAAAGGAUUUUUAAAUUACUGGUUGGUGACCCUACUUUUUUUUGUUGUUAAUGUGUGUUCUUCUUGCCUUCUGUCUGGAAUGGCAUCAAAGAAAAGUGAUCUUUAUUCCUCCUCCUC